CCCAUAACUUACAGGGAAAAAUAAGUAUUGUUGAAGUAUACAAUGAUCUGACGCUUGUUUGAAAGGUCGACUGGCGACUCCUUGCAAGACUUAGCAAGAGUCUCUGAAUCAAGUUAUUCUUCUGGGGAUACCAAGUGCAUUGAAUAAUGAUCAGUUGUGUCUCAUGCUCUUGUUACCCCUACUAGUCGAUCUAUACGUUCGGAAUCAGUGUAUGAACUACACAUGGUUUGUUCGUGGUGACCAAUGUUUAGUAUUACAGCCGCGCCCGUUUGCCAGAGGGACGUGCUGUUCGCUUGCAGCCACUACUCACAUCAAACUAGUCCGCCGCUCUCUUUCUUGAUAUACUCGCAUUUUACCAUCGCUGGUCGAUGUCGAACGAUAGGGAGCGCUCCAAAUCUGACUCCAACCAGGAGAACAGCCCACCUAUUCUGAAAUUUCCUCCCGAAGUUCUUGACUAUUGCUGGGGUUAUGUGGGACGACAAGACCUUUUCCAACUGUCCCGCGUCUGCCGCGUGUUUUGGUACACCUCAAGGUCUAGGAUAUUCCAGUCGCUCACUAUCACCUUGCCAUCUCCUGCGGUGCUCCCCUUGAACCAGAAACUGGUCCGCCGUUCAACAAACAAAGCUCCUAAGAUGCUUGAGCGCGCUGCUACCCGACUCACAAGUUUCUAUUCGGAUCCAAGUGCUAGUGAACUCUGGGGCAUGAUUCAAAACUGGACGGUUACAACUGCGCCGGCGAUCAGGAGCAACUCAUUCUUCCCUAUUCACUCGCAGGAGCAGAGCCUAGCCUUGAAAUCGGUCGAUGUCGUCUUUCCUUCUCUGUCGCGCAGUUGCAAUCUGCGCUCUCUUGAACUUGUCCGCAUGAAUCUUGGAAGGCAACAAUGGCUCAUUCUCGAAAGCUUGCCUGCACUCGAGACUCUUAGGCUUAUCUCAUGCUCCUUUCAUCCUUCACCUCAUUUGGAUGGUUCACUGAAGCUCAAGGAACUUGCGAUCGCUGGAGACAGCUUCGGUCCUCGUUCAAUUGAUGAACACCUGGUUUCUGUGCUCUGUAACCCAGCCUAUCUAGAGAAACUCACCGUUAUCGACUUUCUCAUCACCCACACUAUACUAGCGGCCCUCUUGUCUAUCGCGCCCUUUCCCCACCUCACAUAUCUAAGUAUAUUUGUUGAAUCCCUGAGUGGCGACCAUUUCUUCAGAUUCCUUGCAUCGACACCCGCCCUGACGACGUUGAGGAUUUUCCCCUGGUCCGCCAACAUCAUACCGCCCCACCCGUUGCCAGCCCUGUCUUCCCUUCGGUCCUACGACGGCUACCCUCACCUCCUUUCUCACAUCGUGCCUGGACGACCCGUCGAUUGCGUCUGUCUAGUCCUCCUGAUGGUCACUAAAGACGUCGAUCAACCAGACGAUUAUGCCAUCCAUACCGAGCUGGUCUCAACCGUGCGCGACAUCUCACGUUCCGCAGUUCUAGUCAGGAGACUCGCGAUAGAAUAUUUCCUGCCCACUUUAGAUAAUCUCACCACCAUCGCGAACCAUCUUCCGGAUCUCCAUCGCCUGGACCUAGGCCUCAUCUCGGGGCCCCCACCGCUAACUCCCGAGGAAAUUUUCAUCCUAUCUAGGUCAAGUUCUGAAACCGACCUUAAGUGUGCUAGUGACCCACUUGAUACAGUGGGCACCAUGCAGGGUCUUCUGAGUUGGCUGGCAGAGGGUCGUGCCCCACUUCCGCGCAAGUUAGAGACACUUCGGCUAUCGCAUAGUUCGGCGGACAACGAGGACGUGCAGUGCAUCGAAGGUGUCAAGCAACGAGAACUCAUAUGUUGCUUGCAGAGUAGGUAUCCGAGUCUGCGCGAGGUCGAGAUGGGAGACUGUCGUUGGUGGAGAGAAGGUGUACAUUGGUCUCGGGAAAUUCUUGAUUUUGAGGAAACAUAAAUCCUCGUUGCGUGGCAUAUGUGUGCUUGAGGUUUGCACUAGUGGGGUAUACUGUAGACAUGUAUCAAUUACUACCUGACAAACUAUUCUGAAGAACCAAAACGGAUGGAACCCGUGAGCGUAGUACCUGCGGCUAAAGAUGAUAAUACGAAUUUACCUUCCAACUUGUAGGUCUGGCUUGGGGACCAAAGGGAGACUACGAAAUUACGAAACAUGUUACAUAACGACCUGUCUUAACUUACUACUUAUUUCUAUCACCAGGAGUCCUUGCUU